UGGAAGGGAAGCGAGAAAGCGAGAGGAGAGGCGGAGGCGAAAGAAGACGCACGGAGCACUCACUCCCCUCCCUCCGCUUCGCCUUCUUGGCUUCUUGCUCCCUCCAUUUCCCGAUCGAUACCUCCGGUUCCGAUCGCUAAGAUGCGGUAUUGACGCCGGAUUCGAGCGAUUCGAUCCGCUCCGACCAAGCUCCGUGUUUCUUUCCCCUGAAUUGAGUUCUUCCCGGAGGAAUUCGCCCCACCGGGCUGCCGCGCCAUGAUGUCCUCGCCGAUGGUGCUGUCGCUCCUCCUCUUCGCGUCGCUCACGGCGCUGCUGCUCCUGGCGCCGAGGCUCUCGCCGCCGCCUCCCCCGGUGGCUGCGGGGGAUCAGGAGGAGCCGCCCGCCGCGGGGGUGGGUGUUGGCGGCGCGGGGAGCGGAGGGGUUUCGGGAGUGGGUGUCCGGGAGGAGGCUGACGACCUCGCGCUGUUCCGCCGCGCGACGCUGGACGCUGGGGCUGGGGCGGCGCCGCCCAAGGUGGCGUUCCUGUUCCUGACCAACUCCGACCUCACCUUCGCGCCGCUGUGGGAGCGCUUCUUCGCCGGGCACGAGGGGCGGUUCAGCGUCUACGUUCACGCCGACCCCACCGCACGGCUGCGGCUGCCGACCACGCCGUCGUUCAGGGGCCGGUUCGUGACGGCCAAGCCCACGCGGCGGGCGGACGCGAGCCUCAUCGCAGCCGCGCGGCGGCUGCUGGCGGCGGCCCUGCUCGACGACGCGGCCAACGCCUACUUCGCGCUGCUGUCGCAGCACUGCGUCCCGCUCCACUCCUUCCCGCGCCUCUACGGCGCGCUCUUCCCUCCGCGCUCCGCGCACCACCACCGUCUGCCCAGCUACAUCGAGGUGCUCACCGGCGAGCCGCAGAUGCCCUCGCGCUACGUGGCCCGCGGCGAGGACGCCAUGCUCCCCGAGGUCCCCUACGACCGGUUCCGCAUCGGCUCCCAAUUCUUCACGCUCGCCCGCCGCCACGCCGCGCUCGUGGUCCGCGAGCGCCGCCUGUGGCGCAAGUUCCGCGUGCCCUGCCUGCCGGAGAUGCAGCAGGACUCGUGCUACCCGGAGGAGCACUACUUCCCGACGCUGCUCGACAUGGCCGACCCCUCCGGCGUCGCGCGGUACACGCUCACCCGCGUCAACUGGACCGGCAGCGUCGCGGGCCACCCGCACACGUACACUGCGCCGGAGGUGACACCGCGGCUCAUCGCCGAGCUCCGCACCUCCAACAACACCCACCCGUACAUGUUUGCGCGCAAGUUCGCGCCCGACUGCCUCGGCCCGCUCCUGGCCAUCGCCGACACCGCCAUCUUCAAAGACUGACGGAUGCGCUGCCCUGCUCCGCCUCAUGGCUGCACGACGAGGUAUCAAAUUGGGGCCAGCAACAACGAAAGCAGUGGUUCACAGUUCAGACUUAAGUUUUCCCUUCCUCCCCUGUACUAGCGCAUCUGUACUUUCUAUAGAUUAGAAAGCAACGACCUAAUGCGAAGCGGCAGGUGUUGCAUGGAUCAUCAAUGAUCAUCCAUCCAUCCGAUGUAUUUACCUAGAGCAGCCUAAGGCUGCUUGAAUAUACAUAAAAGUGAUGGAUUUGUUGCCUUAGAUAAAGCAUCUUGUACAGUUACAAAUCACUUGUGUGUAUGUACAUAACAUAAAGCAAGGUUUCCUUAGCUUGCCACUUCAACCGUUUUGGGGCAAGACCUGAAAAACUUUGCUUCCAAUCUCUGAAGUUCUGUGCAAGUCGCAUCAA